AUGACGUUGGCAACGAUGCUGACGACCAACACGCCGAACACCAACACGGCCAACCAACGUGGCAGCAAUAGGUGCUGUGUACCGCCCAGCCGCCAUGACCGGGAGUCUGGCCGCCGCUCCUUCAUCUCCAGUUGGAAGCCGCCUCCAAGUCGAGGCGGCAGCAUGAGUACAACGGGCAACAGCGCAGUUACCACCGCCUCAACAAUCGUUGUGGAUCAAAGUCAUACCGGGUCAGUAACCAGGUAUGACUUGGAUUCAGAAGGACCGCAUAGCAGCCAGCAGCAGUCAUUCUGGAUCAAAGACUCGGGUGCACACCGUCCGGGUCCGGACCUUACCGGAUUACUGACCCGGUACGACUUCGAUGCAGAAGGACCGCAUAGUAGACAGCCGCAGGUGUGCGUGCCCGCGUGA